ACCUCUCGGUUCGAAAAUGGAGACUUUUCAAACUCGUAGGAAAACUACUAUUUUUUAGGAGUAAGUAUAAUAUCCAUUCAAAACGCUCUGCUCCGAAAAAUACCAAGGAUUAUAGACAUAGAUGCGAAGUCAUAAAGAAAACACAAAGUUCAAGAAAAUACAUCCGAAUUGAGGUUAUAAAAGCAUAUAACAAUUUAAUGCUACUGUUAAACUGUGGUAAAUUUACCCUCGCGAGUGGAAUUUGUGUAAAAAAUGGGUACUGCUGAUCAGGUGGUCAAAAAGUUAGCUGUCGAAAAUGGAAAUAAUAUUCAAGCAGAGGAUUCCUUUGAAGAUGAGUACGGCAUAAACUUAAAGAUUUUGCCAACGAACGAUCAAGUGAAGGAACUGCAGACUAUUUUACGCGACAAAACUACCACAAGAAGUGACUUCAAGUUUUAUGCUGAUCGCUUGAUAAGAUUGGUUAUUGAGGAAAGUUUGAAUCAAUUGCCCUUCACAAAAUGCGUAAUUACGACACCAACUGGUGCCAAAUACAAGGGUUUGAAGUAUCAGAAAGGAAACUGCGGCGUUUCCAUCGUAAGAAGCGGAGAGGCGAUGGAGCAAGGCCUUCGGGACUGCUGUCGCAGCAUCAGGAUCGGCAAAAUUUUAGUUGAGAGUGAUCUAGAUACUCACGAGGCUAGGGUGGUUUAUGCCAAGUUUCCAGAUGACAUUGCCGAGAGAAAAGUUCUCUUGAUGUACCCUAUUAUGAGUACUGGAAAUACUGUGAUAAAAGCAAUAGCAGUUCUUAAGGAGCACAGUGUGCCAGAAGAAAAUAUCAUCUUAUCUAACUUGUUUUGCACACCUUUUGCAGCCAAAACUCUAGUCACUGCUUUUCCUAAGAUGAAAAUAUUAACAUCGGAAAUCCACUCCGUGGCACCAAAUCACUUUGGACAAAAAUAUUUUGGCUGUACCGAACGUGGUGUAAUGAAGAAAUCGUUUGUAGACUGACGAUACCAUAUCAUCAAAGAGGACUAAUGUAACAUGCGUUCAAAUAAGUGCCUAAGCAUUCCUACUAUGUGUUAAUUUACUGACGGGAAUUUCAACUUGUAAUACAACGUAAAAUGCGUUAAAUGGACGCAACAAUAUUUUUUUUUUGAUUCUAACGUUAAAUUUGAUUAUGUUAAUAAAAUUUGAA